AUGACAGACAUCGCCAUGGAUACCAGUGGCAUUGAAGUCGAUAUGGUCCUCAUAAACCCAGGAGACAAGACCGCCGAGCGGGGUGACCUCCAGACCUCUUUUCUCAACUGGCUACAAGACGACAACUCCAGAGCCAAUUUGAUCAACCAUAGUGGGCAUCGAAGACUUCUUAUGGAGUCUCUAGGACAUACAACGCGCCCGCUUCAUGUCUUGGAAGUUGCAGACCUCUUUCGGUUCUUACAGGCGAAAACCGACAACAUGAGCGAGGGAUCUGCCAAGGAGUACCUGCGGUCAGAAUUUGGAUCCGAUCUCAAGAUCUUGCCCAACAAUACCAUUGUCAUCAAUCAGUCCUUGGACACGAAAUUAUCUUCAGAAAUUUCCCAUGAGAUACUGGCCAUCAUCUGUACCCGCUAUCUAUUGCAUUCAGGCUGGGCAGACCAUCAUAACAUCCGAUCCCCAGCCCAGGACGGGUGCGCGGAUGAGAAUAGCGAAGAGGAAGAGGAAGCGUACGACACGAGAGUGACGAGUGAAGAGUUUGCUCCUCUUCGCCUUCAGUUCCCAUUCAUUGCCUAUGCAGCGCGGCACUGGAUGGUUCACGUGGCCAAGACAUGUCAUUCUCAUGACAGCUUGCCCCUGCUUUUGGUAUCUGUCCUAGACGAGUUUCUCUUGCAAAAUCCCAGGCCCUUCAGCGCCUGGAUCGACAUUGAAUGGCGGCCAUAUGAAAUGGGCGAUUGGGUCACCACCGGCCACGGUGUCACCGCCCUUCAUGUCGCGGCUCGCUAUGGAUGGAGACAGUACCUGGCUGCCCUGGUUGAGCGCUCCGCCACCAACGCAGAGCUGGAUAUUGACGGGGUUGACUUCAGCUCAAAGCAAACCCCGCUGUUUUUUGCGGCCAAGUAUGGACACGCCGAUUGUGUCAAAUUACUGGCUGAUGCCGGUGCCAGCCUUGAGAUCAAGAAUUGCAGCAAAGUCAAUGUCUUGCGCCAAGCGAUUGUUCGCAACCACGUUGCCGUGGUCAAAGUCCUGCUAGAUUUGGGCCUGGAUCCUAUGCGGGAAGAGGGCAGCCGAGCCGGUAGCCCGGCGCUGAGAUUGGCCUGCGAAAAUGGGCAACUUGAGAUUGUUGAAGCAUGUUUGCCAUGGCUAAAGGAUCCUGAGGAUGCCUACCGGGCCCUUGACUGGGCAUUGACAAGGCGCGGCAACGUCUGUGUGGUGCAACGGCUUCUCCAGCAUCCCGGUAUCGACGUCAACAAAAUCAUUCGAGGCAAUACGCUGCUCAUCAAGGCAUGCUGGUUUCAUGAUGUGGACUGCAUGCAAAUGUUGCUUUGCGCUGGAGCAGAUGUCAACAUCCUUGGAUGUGGGGGUGACUUUGAGGACAAUGGCACAAACUCGGAUAGAGAAAGACAUCCCCUGUCGCAAUGGGUACAAUGGGGAGAUGCUGAUGUCACGGCCUUGGAAGUCUACUGCUGCAGGCAGCGCCGUCCAAAGAAGCUGGAUUCUAAAGCUCAACUGGAGCUCAAGCAGGGCCUUAACUUGCUUAUUGGAGCUGGAGCCGACCUCCACCGCCGCAACAAGAGAGGUUUUGCCCCUAUCGACAUUGCAGCAAACCACCCGACCGCGCUACGACUUCUGAUCGAGGCAGGCGCUGAUUUCCAUCACGAGAGUUCAGAUGGAAGUACAUUGCUGCACGUACCCAGAACCGGGGAGGACGGCUGGGAGCUUACCAAAUUCCUUGUUGGAAAAGGCUUGAGCGUUGACAAGCCAAGAUCAGACGGGCAAACACCAUUUCAUCUUUACAUGAAAGAAUAUCUGAAAAGAUACAGCUGUGACCGUGCAGCUGGAUAUCGGGAUGCUGUCCGGUUCGUAGAGGAGCUAGGCCCUGACUGUUCGGUAGUUGAUGCUGAAGGAAAUGGAAUUUUGCACAUUCUCUUCAUAUCUAACGAAACAAUUUCCGGAAAGCUUUCCGACUGGAAUGAAGAUCUCAAAAGAAUUUUCGAAAGGCUCAUUGCUCACGGUGCGCUGGUCCUCGAAAAGAAUUACGCCGGAGAAUCGUUGAUCCAUCUGGUGUCGGCCGAGAACAUCGAAGCGAUCCAAUUUCUGAUUGAGAAGGGUGUCGAUCUCGAGACUCAAGAUGACGAGGGCAAAACACUGUACAUGCGAGCUGUGACUCAGGUAUACGCUACCAAAACCCUGGAUCGGCUUCAAGCGAUGGGCGCCAUGGUGAAGACGCGGGAUUUCAAGGGCCGCACAGUCCUACACGAGGCGAUCAAAGGUCACCGAACCGGCAAACUUGACAUGAUGGCGAAACGGCAACCGCUGGCCUACCUUGUCGAAGAUCUUCAACUGGACCCCAGCGUCACUGACAAUGAGGGCAAUAGCCUUCUCCAUGAGCUUGCGAGUUGCGACACAGAUGAGUACAAUCUUUAUGGGGCAUUGCUUGAAUAUGGGGUGGACAAUGAUGCGCGCAACAAUGCCGGUCAGACCCCAUUACAUAUCGUCUGUCAAAGGUGGGAUGACAGCCACCUAAACUUUAUGGCGUGGGGUGGAUUUGAGAAGCAAUUACUCUCCAGAUCUCUCAAACACUGCACACACCAAGUCAAUGCUGCGGACAACCAUGGAGUCAGACCCAUCCACUUGGCGGCCGAAAAGUCGGAAUUUUUGGUCCAGCAACUUUUGGCUCUGGGAGCGACGAUCAUGGUAAGGACACAUGACUGGAUGACACCCUUACAUAUAGCCGCCAAAGAACACCAAAGUAAUGUUGUUGCGAUGCUGCUUACUGCCGCUACAACCGGCAACUAUGGGAAUCCAAAAGAGUUUCUUGAAACCAAGGGCAAACCUAAAACGUAUACCGUCGGCAGUAGAUGGACGGGACGACAAACGGGAAAGGAGCUAGGGCAUAGUGCUCUUUAUUAUGGUGUGCAGUCUGGACGCCCAGAGACCGUUUCGCUUCUUUUGGGGGCUGGCGCCGAGGUGAAGUGGCAAUCCGCCAAACUUUUGCAGGCCUGCGCCAACUUUGAAGAAGAAAACCGCAAGCUACCCCCACACCGCAGGUCCGGCACCAGGUUGAACGAGAUUUUGGACAUGCUUGUCACUUCAGGACUUGACCUCUCAGCACGCGCCAGCAGGAGAAUGAACUCAAUCACGCCACUGCUGCAGUUUGAUCUAGCUGUUCACCGAGCGCUGGACGCCGGGUUCGAUCACACUGUUUCAUGUCUCUUGCAAUAUCAGCAGCCAUCGUCACAAUCGUCAGUCUCUUUGGUGUUUGCGCGGAAGUGGUUUGAGAGGCGGAAGGAAUCUGGAGCCUCCGUCUUUCGAGAGACGAGCAACUUGUUGAGCACGGCAGCGGGAGACGCUCAAGCCAUCCACGCCCUGGUCCAAAAGCUUCUCCUGGCGCGCGAGUUCGAGGUGGUUGAGUACAUCUGCACCGUUCCACAGCAGGGCGCAGAUGACCCAUUGGUUGCAAUCGACGACAAGGGGAAAACAAUUUUGCACCUACUAAUAAACAACGGAUAUGCAGCCUUGCUCGAGCGCAUCUCGAGAGCAAGGGAGCAGCAUGACAAUCCACUAGAAAGCCUGCAAGCUCUUGUGAGUCGACAGGAAAAGGAAGGCGCCAUUUUCCCGCUGGUCCUCGCUGCUUGUCACCGGACGCUUCCCAAUAUGGCCGUCCUCCGUGUAUUGGUCGAGGUGGUGAAAGUGUCAAUCAAUGAUCCCCGGCGGUUUAGGGAACAUGUACGUCCGCAUUUCAGUUCUGAGUGGCGUUACCAUCAGGGAUAUACGCCGCUUCAUGGUGUGACAGGUCCAACACCAUGGUGGCAUUUGCACCAAGCUUUGCUAUACUUGCUCUCGCAGAAACCCGACCUCGAGGUUUGUGCUCAGUAUAGAGGAACGCCUCUUCACUUAGCACUUUCGCAAGCGGACAGUGAUGGCAGUGCGGUUCGAUUACUUCUAGAAGCAGGUGCCGAUCCUAACGUGAAAUGGGGAGGGCGAAGCUGCUUUGCCGUUGCUAUGCAAGCUGGCAAGACCGAGCUUGGGCGCCUGCUGUUGGCACAUGGAGCCAAGGUCACCUCAUCGGACUUGAAGCAUGGAGCAGAGGAUGGCAAAACGGAGUUCUUCUCCGCUUGCGGAUACAGUCUGAGUAGUGAGGAAGAGAAGGAGUUGGCAAGCCUUCUAACCAAUGUCUCCAAAAAGUAG